CAGAGCGGGGCUCGGCGGGGUCCAUAUAGCGGGGUCAAGCGCGCCCGCGGUCACUCUACUUGGAGACGCGGCAGCGACAACCACGACAUGAGGAUCGCACUGUCAGUCCUGGCGGUGCUGGCGCUCGGCGCCGGGCUGUGCGCCGGCCUGCCCUACACUACGCAGCAGCAGCAACAACAGGCCACCUCUCCCGGGGCGUUCAUCGGAGAGGGCAUCAACAACAUCGCGGCUGCGCUACUGCAGGACACGGAGGCGAAGGGCAAUGCCGCCUAUUCUCCGCUGGGCUACUCCGCCAUCCUGGCCGCGCUGGCCGAGGGCGCCGUCGGCAAGACGCGAUCCCAGAUGCUGGCCGCCCUCAAGCUGCCCCAGGACAGCUCGCUCACCAGAGCCACCUACCGCCUCGUGCUCAGCAGGAUGAAGGAGAAGAACGCCGUCAGCAAGCCGGAGUUCCGCAGCUGGUUCUACGUGUACGCCAAGAGCACCAAGAUCGAGGACCCGUACCUCGCGACGCUCAGGGACCACUACCUGAUGGAAGUACGCGACAUCCAGGAGACCGAGAAGGACACCCCCACCGAGUUCUUCAUCAACAAGGAAGAGGUCACCCCCGCAGCCCCAGCGCCGGCCCCGGCCGCCCCAGUGGAAGUGGGGAAGGAGCCCGAGGUGCCCGUCAUGGCCGAGGCCGUCGGCAAGCCCAGCGAGGAGCUCCAGCCACCCAUGCCGGUCCAAGACCAGGACAUGGCCGAGGCCGCGCCCGCCGCCGAGGCUGCCGUGGUCCCCGAGGUACCCAAACUUGACGAGAUCACGACUCUGAAAGAGGAGAUCAAGACCGCGGAGGACGCUGGAAAAGCCGAGAUCCUGGAGCCGACCCCAAUCGUAGUGGCUGAGCCCGUGCAGGCCCAGAUGCCUGAGGCUGUCGUCCCGGCCGAGGCCUCUGCCGAUGCCGGAGUGCACCAGGAAGACACGGCCAAGGUCGGGGAGGCAGCGACCAGCCAGGGCGAGGAGGAGGCCUUGCUCCCCGAGUCCGAGGCAAAGCCGGCCGAGACUGAUAAGAUAUCUCUAGCCAAAUUCAGCAAGGACGUGAAAAAGCCCACGGGAGAGAAGAAGAAGGAUGACAAGAAGAAGGGACGCGAGGACUCUGAGGACGUCAAUGACCGUCAGCCCAGCAGCGGGCCCGCACUGCUCACCACCUUCAACGCCCUGUUCUACAAGGGCGAGUGGGAGGUGCCGUUCGACGCCAAGUUCAACGACGACUUCUACGUCUCGGAGGGCGUGCAGAAGGAGAUCACCACCCUCCGGACCCAGGGUAGCUUCCGCAUCGGCGACAUCAAGGAGCUGAACGCGACCGCCGUCGAGUUGCCCUACAAGGGCGACAACGGGCGCUACUCCCUGCUGGUGCUGCUGCCUCGCGCACGAGACGGACUGGCCAAGCUCACCGAGAACCUGUCCAAGUACUCGUUCCGCUACCUCGCCAAGAACUUGCGAGAGAAGCAAGUCGACGUCGCGAUCCCCGAGUUCGAACUCGACUGCAUCACCCACCCGCAGGCCGUCUUCCGAAAGCUCGGCAUGACCGCCAUGCUCGACAAGGAGGCAGCGGACUUCCCCGGCAUCUCUAAGAAUCAGCGCGUGUACCUGCAGGACGACGCCAUGGCUCAACUGGUUCGGUUCAAGGUGGACGACAAGAAUGCCAUCGCCAACUACCUUACAGCUAUGAGCAUGUCGACGAGGAGCGGACUCAACGUGUUCCACGCCAACCACCCCUUCGUAUUCUACCUCCGCGACAACCUGGAUAACCUGACUAUCGUGGUGGGCAAGGUCGUCGACCCCACCAUACGGCCCGACAUUAGCGGGCUGACCGGGGCCCCGGCCGAGGCCGACGCGCAGCUGCCCCCGGAACCGCAGGAGGCCAUGGAGGAGCAGGCACGACUGUGAUCUCAACUGGUGAUCUGUUUAUUUAUACUAUUUAUAAUAUUAAUUAUUAUUUCUACUACUACUACUACUACUUCUAUUCUUAUUGAAGCUUGUCUCACUGAGACUAGGGGCGUUAUAUGUGAUCUGAAUCAGGCCGAACGGCCAUGGGAUUUUGACUGAUUAUUUAAAUCUUCAUAAAAUGAUACCUUGUUCUUAGCUCUGCUAUAAAAUAUGUGCUAGUGCUUCGUGAAUAAACGAACAAAUGAAUGCAUGUCA